AUGGAUUACAACCCUAUUCUGCGAAAAAGCGAUGUUUCUUGCCAAGAAAGCAGUUCGACAGCAUCGUCCUUGCUUAAAGAACCAGCCACAGAACAGUUAGAUGUAACAGAAGAAGCCGAGCAUUUCGAUGAAGGACAAGCACAGUUCGCUGCUAGUACUAGUCAGUCGGAGUGGGAAGCCGACAUUGAAGAAAAAAGUCUUCUACUACGGGGAGCAACUAGACGAGGUGCUCGCUCAGCGCAGGUUGGUUACAGUAUGAAUCCUCGACGUCUACCUCAUCGUGAGUCACGAGUAAAAUCGUUCAAGCAACUUCUUGAAUACCCGAGAGCAGAUGAUGAUGUCAGAAACUCAUUGGCUGCUACUGAAAUGGCCCCUUCACGAAUUUUCGUCAGCAAUGAUGUGAUUGGAAUGCAUCUAGAUUGGCCUCUUUACAGUCAACAAGCUGAAUCUUUUGCUACAGCAGCUCAUAUCAUUGUCCAGAGCAACCGCUACAUACAUCCAGGCACCGACGAACGAGGGCAUUUCAUCAAAAAGAUAUUUUGUGGAAUGACAAAUACUGGUGAAGGCUGCGCAUACGCCGUUAUAACCUAUUCUUGGGAAGGAACUCCUCAUCCAAUUGCUGUUGCUAUGCCGACUUCAGCACCAUCGCGAGAAAGACCCUACGGUUCGAGAAGUUGGGAGGCCUCAGACAUCGACGUAACCGUGGAUGAAGGUAUUAUGCAUCAUGGAUUGCCGGUCUUAUCGCGUGUCGCAGUGGACUUCGAUCUUGCAUGCAAAAUUCUAUUAGCCGGAGUCGAGAUACCGCAGCACAGGAUCUGUACACAAGUGCCUCCAGUGUUUCGAGAUGGGGGUACGUUCGUUCUUGAUAUUGACGCAUGCGGAGGCGAAAAGAUGUUGUCCCACGACGGUCAUGAAUGGAUGAAACCAUCUGGUAGUAGUCGGUAUUUCCGUUUCGAUGAUGACGACAAUAUAACUCGAGUGGAUCGUGCCGGUGUCGCCCCGUCAGCUGAGCAGUUUGACAUACAGGUCCUAGCAAAGCGAUAUGAAUGUACCGAUGUGCCGGGUUUUGUUCGGAAGCUCUAUAUUGUACGGGAUAAGGCUAGUGAACCUCGGGUAAACACACAUAUCGCUGUAUUGACGUAUCAUUGGAAAGCGGAACCAGCAAUCGCAAGAGCUAACAGAGGUGUCAUAAUAACUAGGAAGCGUCAAGCAGAGCACGUUGACGCUCAGGAUGGAAAUCGUGCACUGUUGGAGAGCGUAGACGCUCCGCCAUAUCGUAUGAAGCGUUCGAUGGGAACUGAUUUGAGGUACUUUCUAUCGAACUGUCACAGUCGUCCGCUCAAUGGCAGUAAUGCUAUGUGGAUGGAGCAGCCAUUAAACGAUCAGCUCAUUGAACGAGGAGAAGUUGCAAAGGCAACAAGCCAUGAAAUGGAGGAAUGUGUCAUUGUGAAUGAGCAGGGCGAGCCAAUUGAACUGCCUCCUGGAUGCGAGAUUGUUUACGAGAGUUCCAGUUGA